CUUCGAUAGGCGACGCGAAUACGCUUACCUGUUUAUGGAAACGCGUGAAAUCUUGCGGGAUUGGAAAAGUUUUAAUUGACGCGCGAGCGAAUCGAGAAGAAAGUAAGGCGACACGUUUGUUUGGCUCGAUAAACGAAGGGAAAUUAACGAGAAUAAAGAUGCUUUCGAUACCGAUCGAGAUAUCGCGUGGAAGAAAGAGGGAAGCAUUGCGUGGCGCGUUAAUAAAAAGAGAAGAGGUGAAAAAAGAAAUGGUUGUAAUGUAUGUAAAUGUAAACAAUUAGUCGGUGAACCGGUAAGCGGUAUACUUGGAGUGGAUGUUGCGACGGAGAAGGGCGCGUGGAACGUUCACCGGGUCAUUAAUCGACGGUCGACUGUCGAGCGGUGCACAUUCGUGCGUGUACCUCGCUACCCGAAGGUUCGGCCGUCGUGGUUUAACGGUUAUUUCUUUCUGUGACACGAAGAAAGAGGAUCGCCUUGAGGAGAGCGAAGCUGAACUGUCUCGUAGAGUGUGAAAGGCCAACUUAACGUUCCCGCCAGUCGAACAGGGAAACACUUCCGAUGCAACGGCAACAGCUGUCAUCGCGCGAAAAGAUAAUAAAAUUCUCCGAGUGAAACGAAACGGUGAUAUCGCAAAAACUGAGGUGAACGUCGUGAAUCGUUAAAUCGGACAGUGACAGAAGGAAAAGAGAAAUGGAUGUUACAGUGACGUAAAUAAUGCCAAGUUAUUUUGAUCGAGCAUCAAAAAAGGUAUAUCGGUGCAACAGAGAUACAGAGAUAUCGAGAAGCGAGCCGUAUCGAGUUUGAGCAUAAGGCGACAAACGGUGGAAGCGAAAUUAUUUCGUUGGAGUGCAGUGUAAUCGAGGCAAACGUUUCGACGUAAUCGGUGUUAGAGAUCGUCGAGAAAGACCAACGACCGACACGAAAUUCUGGUUCGCGAUGGUGUUCGUGCGUGUUCACGCGGCAAACAUACCGAAGGAGCGUUGAUGGAGCAGAAAGAAAUCGUUUGAACGGCUCGAAGAUGACUGUCGCGAUGGAACACAAGCGGAAGAGCUCGUGGGAUUCGAAGAUCUCGGUGAGCACCGUAAGCACCCGAAGAUUUAGCCGUGCCGGAACACCGAGCUCGAUCCUCUCGUCGGACAGCGACAUUCGAUUCACGAGAAAACUCGGUGGACAAUAUCGUUGCGGAUGCUGCGUGCUGGCUGCGUUUCUGCUCUUUCUUCUGUUUUCGGGGGUAUCCAUAUACCUUGGCUACACGUUCCUAACCUCGGAUCCUCCUGGUGAUCAAAUUUUCUUAGCAACGUUUCGAGUUAUCGAGGGAGAUUCGUUCGCUUCGGAACUGGCGGAUCCCUCUACCGAAGCCUUCAGGAUACGAUCUCGGGAAUAUCGCGAUCGAUUGAAUCUUAUCUUCCGUCGCAGUUGGAUGAAAGUCUCUUUCCUCGCCGCGGAGGUAUUAGCGUUGGACGGAUCCGAAGGCAGCGAUUUGGUAGUGCACUUUGACGUUCGAUUCGAUCCACGUUACCAAACCGUUACCACCGGCGACGUCGUGGACAUCCUUUCGCGGGAGAUCAAUCGCGAAACUUCCAAGUACUUGACCAACUUGACGAUUGAUUCGCAAAGUCUCGAAGUUCAGGAGAGCCUGAAAGCUCUGAACGCUCAGGUUAGCAUGCAAACGACCGUUUCGACGGCCUCGCCGACGACCACGUUGCCUCCUCCCAGAAGAUGUAGCAAUUUAGAUUUGUCUUAUUGCAAACACCUCCCGUACAACGUUACCUCCUAUCCGAACGUAUUGGGACAUCGUUCGUUGGCCGACGUGGAAGAGGACGUGAUCGCUUUCAGGGAACUGGUCGACGCGGAAUGUUAUCGAUUGGCAUACGACUUUGUGUGCCAAGUGUUGCAACCGGCGUGCGUACCGAAUCAACCGGAAGAUCUGUUACAGUUACCGUGUAGAAGCUUUUGUAGAGAAUUUUGGAACGGAUGCGGUAGCAGACUUCCGGAUCGAAUUAAACGAUUGUUGGACUGUUCGAAUUUUCCGGAGUACGCGGACCAAGGUGGCUGUAGAGCGAAACCAGGAUGCGUGCAAGCGCUUCAAGCGAAAGCCCUGUCGCCGAGAAUUUGCGACGGCGUGAUCGACUGCCCUGACCUUUCGGACGAGAAGAAUUGCGCUUAUUGUCGCGACGGUUACAUGCACUGUGGCGUAGGUAGAACUUGCAUUCCGCGCAGCGAAAGAUGCGAUGGAAAGGUAGAUUGUGCCAAUGGCAGCGACGAAAAAGAUUGCCUGUCUUUGGCGCCAAGUAUUCGAGCAGCGAAAGCUCAACCCUCGGAUACACCGCACGCUGCCAAGUACAACGACGAAGGUUUCGUGAUUUUCAACGAGAAAGGUAUGGUCGGCAAACUUUGCACCGCUAAUUUGAAUGCUACGCUACCAGGAACGGAAAUAGACGACGUUCUUCAAACUGCUGCUGGUUCACUCUGCAAUUUAUUAACGUAUACAGGCGUGAAAUCCGUGGAGAUUCGAGUUGACGACGAAGAGGACGUUCAGUACGUGCACAUGGAGGAUCCAUCGGCCACGGAGAUUACUUUCGUCAGAGCGCCUUGCCCGAGCAAAGAAGUUAUGUACGUCCGAUGCGGCGAACUCGAAUGCGGAGUACAAGCAUUGCGGGCAAGGAGUGGCACGCGAGGCCUUAACAAGAUGGCCGAACCAGGCGAUUGGCCCUGGCAUGUGGCGCUUUUCAAGGAAGAGGUGCACGUGUGCGAUGCCACUCUCGUUGCUGCCAGUUGGUUAAUCGCCACGGCAUCUUGUUUUCAAGGUCAACCAAAGGCGGAAUGGUCCGCGAGAAUGGGCACUGUACGGCUCUCGAGCACGUCGCCGUGGCAGCAAGAACGUAGGAUCGUGGGCAUGAUUAAGUCACCCGUGGAAGGAAGUACCACGGUUUUGUUGAAACUGGAUCGACCCGUAACCACCUUCUCGGAUUUCGUGAGACCCGUUUGCUUGCCCUCGAACCAAGAUCCACCGGUGAACACGACACAGUGUAACGCUCUCGGAUGGGCCAGAAAUCGCGAUCUGCUCCAGAGGGUACAGCUCAGGCACAGCGCGAUGGAGAGAUGCGAGAAUAUUAGUAUCGCGUCGGUAAAUAGCGUUUGCACGGAACCAGCUUAUUCCACCGACGAUUGCAACGAAGAAGAGGUUGCCGGCAGUCCUAUGUUGUGCCUUCGAUCAGACGGCCGUAGAUGGGCUCUAACUGGUGUUGGUAGUUGGCGAAUAGCGUGCUCGAAAGCCGGCGUUGAGAGGCCUCGAUUGUACGAUAAAAUUUCCUCGAAUAUCGCUUGGGUGAAAUCCACCAUCGAAUGAUCGUGAUAUUUUCGAAAACGUUUUACGAUCGAUAAACGUACUUUCAUCGACACAGAAAUCGGUUGAACGCCGCGUUGUCACCGAACCGAUUAGAGCUGAAAUCGAGAUAUCCUGAUACUCGACGUAAGAUCGUUGGUCUUUUCGUACCUUUUUAUACGCCAUCGAUAGUUUUUUCUUCGUUAGUUAAGUUGUUCGUUUACGCGAUUGUAAAAUACGUGAAAGUGAAAAUAACGCGCAGUUAUCGUACUGUAUCCUAAGCCACGUAUCGUUUCCCGUGAAUCGAAUGUAAAGUUUGUCGAUAUUUGUUGUUGUAUCGUUGCGCUCGUAUAGAAUAUAUGUAUAACACGCGUACGUUAACGGCGUUGUAAGGAGAAAUGUUUUAUUAAAACGUGAACGUCGAAUGA